GUUGUAUUGAUUUCUUAUAGGAAACUGAAAAUUAAAAGGAAUAGCAAUAUUUGUGUAUAAAUACACGAGAUAGCGUGUUAUCAGCUAAGUUAGCAUCACCUAUUGAACUAAAAGUAUAGGCGAUGGCUUGGAAGAUCGUGUCAUUUUUUGGAAUAGCGCUUUUAGCGUUAAGCGAAGCCCACCCACCGGUUUCGGAACAGAGGGUUAAGAUUGAAAAUGUGGGGAAAAAAUCGGAGCAUCAUGAGGGAUACGCGUGGACGUAUCCGUCGUAUGAAUUCUCUUACGAAGUUGUCGAUUCGCACACGCAUGAUUUAAAGGGACAUCAUGAAACACGAAAUGGUGAUGAAGUGAAAGGAUAUUAUUGGCUUAUUCAGCCGGAUGGUUAUAAGAGAACUGUAAAGUAUCACGCUGACAAAAACAGCGGAAUUAAAGCUCACGUUGAUUAUACUAAGCCUAAUAAUUCUAAUGAAAAUAAUAAUGAAGAAAACAACGAUGCUGAUGAAAAUGAAGGUAAUCAAGAAGAAAAUGCAAACCAGGAAAACGGUAGCGAAAAUGGAGAAAAUGGCGAAACGAAUCAAGAAUCCAACGGUGAAAAUGAAUCAAAUAACAAUAAUGAGAAUUCAAAUAAUGAAGCCGAGGCCGAAAAUGCUGAAAAUGAAAACAACACCCAAAAAAAUUCUGAAAAUGAAGAAGGAAACCAAGAGCAAGAAGAAGGUAUUAAUAUGGCGGAGUUAGAAGAAAUAAGUCGUAACAACAAUGAAGGAUCUGGUAAUAAAGGUGCUGAAAGAGGUGGUCAUAGCCGUGGUAGAAAACAUUACGGACAUCAUAAUGAAGGUAAACAAAAUAAUAAUGAGGGUGGUGCAGAUUCUCAAAGUCAUAAAGCUGAACAAAGAAACAGAGGCGAUAAAAAAUACCACGGUAGAAAUAACUUACACCGAGGAAAUGAAAACAAUAGCCAUGAACAAAAUAAUGGCCGAGGAAAACAAGGUAUGGGUCAUGGGCAAAGACGAAAUGACGGUAAUGGAGAAGAAGCCGAACGUCAAAAACAACAAGGAACGUGGAGGCGAGUUGUUGCUAAUUUAUGGGGUCAAAGACAUCGCAAUGAAGACUCAAACCGAGGGAGUGGGGGUGAAAAUCAGAACAAUGGCGAAAAUGAACAAGAAAAUCAAGAAGAAGGUGAAAGUGGUAAUAACGAAGAAGAUAAUGGAGAAAAUGCAGACCAAGAAAGUCAGCAAGUAAAUGAGAAUAACAAUGGUGAUGAAGGUAACGCAGAAGGUAACGAAGGGGAGAAUCAGGAAGGCGGAAACAAUGGUAACGAGCAAAAUGGUGAAAAUGAAAAUGAAGAAAACACAAAUAGUGAAAAUAGUAAGGAGAUUCGAAAGAAAAGUGAAUACCAUGUCAUUAUUCAUCAUCCUAAAUAUAUUCCAAUGUCUAAAAAAAUUAAGCGGCGAAUCUAAUGACUGCGGCUUAUUACAAAUGCGUCUGCACCGACAAAAAUAGUCUGAAAAAUUGUCGCUUACUAAUAUUCUUACCUACUAUUAUAAAUUAAUUAAAAAUGAUAACUAUUUA